AUAAAGGGAAAAGGAAAUUACUCGAACACUGAGGAAAUUCGAAGCUACUUUCAAGGAAUUCUGGAAGUAAUUAGAAGUUUAGAACGGCGAAAAGGAAAGCAAAAUGGUUGUUGUCGCGUUCGUUCAUCCUGAUUUGGGAAUUGGAGGGGCAGAAAGACUUGUUGUCGACGCCGCUUUGGCUUUAAAAACACGCGGUCAUAAAGUACAUAUAUUUACCGCCCAUCAUGACUCAUCCCACUGUUUUCAAGAGACGAAAGAUGGCUCGAUUACGGUUACAUGUAAAGGCGACUGGUUGCCUCGUCACCUAUUUGGAUAUUUCUAUGCUCUGUUUGCAUACAUACGGAUGAUCUAUGUCGCUUUGUAUUUGGUUUUGUUUUCAAAAUACCAAGCGGACGUUGUAUUUUGCGAUCAAAUAUCUGCAUGCAUUCCCGUGCUUAAACUCUCGAAGGCAAAAAUAUUAUUCUACUGUCAUUUUCCUGAUCAGCUGUUGACAAAGAGACAAAGUUUUGCAAAGAAAUUGUAUCGUGCUCCGUUAGAUUGGCUGGAGGAGAAAUCUACAGGUAUGCAAAAGUGAUGUAUGGUUUCAUGCAUAAAUGUACUGCAUACCUUGGCUAUUGGCUUUGUUUUUGCAGUUGCCCGAGCCUGGGCCAUUCCACGAGAAUUUCUGAGGUGGUUUGAAAAAGCCGUUUCUGAGGGGUUAUGUGCAUCGGCAUCCUUUGAUCUUUGCGUUUUUUUACUGAUUCACAUCUUAGACCCCGUUUACACGGUACCGGACGAAUUUGUGACCGGACGAAAAUUUGUCCGUUUCGGCCGUGUAAACACACGAGAACCACGGAACCGGACGAAUUUGAGACCCCCUAACAGGACGAAUCAAGGGAGCACGCCAAAAAAUAUUUGUGUAAAUUUAUACUAACCUUUUAAUUACAUGUAAAUGUUUUCAAUUUUCAUCGGCCACCAUUUUGAAUGUUGAAAGCGGUAUUAGCUUAUCGCAGGCGCAAUAAUUUAUGUUCAUCUUUGACAUUAAUUUAUGUUACACGAUGAUACUCCGAAGGGCGACCGAGAAAGAUCCGAAAUUUAAAAUAAGGCGAAGAAAUAAUAAAAAAUAAAGAGGGGAGUGAAACGGCCGAACACGUGAUGGGGUAUUGGCCAAUGACAAUGCGUAUAUCCAAUUUCGUUAUCUGGCCAUGCUCGUUGACCAAGAACUGUCGAAUCUGAAAUAUAUCAAAACUUGUAUUGAUUUGCAUCGUUGCUCGCCAGCAGUGAAUUUUCGACAGCAGAGAACAAAUACAUUUGCGAAUGCUGGACACAAAAUACAGUAUUAAUAAUUCAUGAAGGAAAUUCAAAAGAAAUGAAUGUUUAAUCAAUGUAUGUAAAUCGUCGGAUAAUAGAUUUGUAAAUUGUCCUCAUCUACAUAAACUUCAGCUUCGAUUUUCUCGGCUUAGACAAUGUUUAUUUUAAAAUUACUUCGCCAAUAAACUCAUAUGAUGGGUCGUCUUUUAAGCAUGUUAAAACACGAGGAGCCGAUGUUUAUCUGAUAUACAAACUCUCGCCAUUGUCUCCAAUUUUAAUAAUAUAUUCUAAUGUGACUCCCUUGAACUAAUUAUAGUAGAUCAAAUAUAAAUCAACGGUAAAUCCGAAAAUAAUAAAAAAAAAUUAUUUUCUACAGUAUAUUAUAUUAUAAUUUGUUGUUCUACAGUAUAUUAUAUUAAAAUACUCAGUGGUUCCCGUAAUAGUAGGUCUCAUUUUGUUUCCGGUUUGUUCCUAGCAACAUCAAAUGUUCCUAGUAACAGUCAACCAGCAUGAGUGGAUAAUAGUUCGGCCGUUUCACUCCCCUCUUUAUUUUUUAUUAUUUCUCCGCCUUAUUUUAAAUUUCGGAUCUUUCUCGGUCGCCCUUCGGAGUAUCAUCGUGUAACAUAAAUUAAUGUCAAAGAUGAACAUAAAUUAUUGCGUCUGCGAUAAGCUAAUACCGCUUUCAACAUUCAAAAUGGUGGCUGAUGAAAAUUGAAAACAUUUACAUGUAAUCACAGAUGUAAUUAAAAGGUUAGUAUAAAUUUACACAAAUAUUUCUGGCGUGCUCCCUUGGACGAAUUUGCGUGUAAACAGGCGAAAAAGGACGAAUUUUCAUCCAGUCCCAAAUUCGUCUGGUACCGUGUAAACGGGGUCUUAGAUGACAAAUUAACCGGAUAAUAGUGCUCAUAUUAAUUAAUAUAUGAUGCUUGCGAUUUGCAACUUUUCCUGUGAUCAGACAGAUCACAGUCAUGCAGUAAUGACUUAAGCAAUUUAGCCGUUUGCAGUGAUCAAAUAUAGUGAUUAAUAGACCAGGUUUCAUUUAGAGCACAACGGGCGUAAUUUCAGGGACAGCGGAGCAGCCUCCCCCCCCCUCCCAAUAAUUUUCCAUAGAUAUGUGAUUUUUAUAAACUAAGAAUACUGAAAUCCUUCAGAUCAGUUAACAAAUGAAUAUAUUUAUAACUUAUAUAGCCAAGUAUUCAAUCUAUUUCUGGUUGGAUUAAACAAAUGAUGGGUAAUUAUAUUAGAUUAAGAGUCGUCCUAUUAAGAAACUUUCCGAGGCUCUCGGAGGUCUCAGAUUUCAAAAUUUCCCGGGUGGCAUGCCUCCUGACCGCCCUAUUAACAAACUCACGGCUUCGGCAUUCGCUAUAACCCACUUAAUAUGGCUCUGCAGUACCUGAAUUAGCCCUAUUCACAUUAGAGACGGACAAGUCGUCUAGACAAACAAAUCGUCUCUCAAAAAUCGUCUUCACAGACGGACAAGUAGUCGAACAAAUUCAGACGAUAGCCUCCUCCGCAGGCCUCUCUAUGGGUUUUAGCCUGCGAAUGGGUUUUGAAAAAAAAUUUUCUGGGAGAGAGGCCUGCCAUAAAUCGAACAAAAUAGAUGUAUCUCAAAUAUUAGUGGCCGUGUUACGUUACCCCACCCCCUAAGUAGGCUUUUGAUCCUAAUUAUAUAUUCAGUUUGAAAUCUUCGGGCGAGGAGCGAAACUUGCAAGUAUAAAAAACUUUAAAAAUGUUUUGUAAUGCGUCGAAAUAUUCAAGUUAUACGAAAAUUAAUUGGUGAAUUCAAAGCAUUAUAUCCUGAAUUAUAUAUCGCAAUGUUCCUCGCAGUAUAAAAACGACGUGCAAAUUUUGAAUCGUUCACUCAAAGCAGCUAAAUGUUUACAAUUAUUAAAUGUAUAAAUUGUUCAGCCGAGGAAUUACAAUUUCUGAAUUUGAGGAAAUUAUCUGGCAUAAUUUCGAACGCAAAACGAAGAAUGGAACGAUAAGAAAGGUAUAAUUUGUUUAAUAGAGGGAUUAUAUAUUAAAUUGUAUUGUUUUAUGGAAUAAUAUUUGUGUUGCCAUUUUGAUUUAUAUUUUACUAUACUUUUUCAAUAGUCAAAUCAUCAGGCAUUUGGCAACAUGCUCAGUGAAAUGAUGUAUAAAAGAAAAGAUCUUUCUGUUGAAGCAACCAUUUCAAUAAGUGACUGCAACUUGGAAAUAUAAACUAACUGUAGAAUUUUGUUGGCAUCUUAAUAUAAAGCCUGCAUUACAUAUGCCUACCAUAUUAAUAUUAUUAUUUAAUAUGCCUAAGAUUGAUGCAUACAUUCUUUUGUGAAUUAUUUGGUUGAACUGGUAACCUGCCAACAUACCACAGUAUUUGUGAACUAGGCUUCACUCAGGUGAAUAAUUAAAUUUAACUCCCCUCACCCCAUUAAUGGCUUUAAUAUCAUGUAAAUAUGCUAAACCUGGUGAAACAGGGUUCAUGGUAGGUUUGCUGAAUAAUUAGGCCAAACACAGUCACACUAGGCCUUUUGUUUUCUUUGUUUUCUAAAUGGCACUAAUGACGAUUUGGCCUAAUUAUUCAUCUAACCUACCAACCCUGUGGUGAAAAGCAGUUGGGAUGUGACAACCUCUUUCUAAUAUAGUAUUGUAUAUGCCUACUUAUAUAUAUCUUCCUUGUUCAUGCUCAAAUAAAAUUGCUCUUGACAUAUAUCGCUUUAAAAUAUAGUAACUCUUGAUUGGCAUGUAUAUCACAUAAGACCCAAUAAUGCCCCUAUACACACAAGAAGCCCUCUUUGUCUCAUCCUUGGCAGGGGCAUGCCUGCUUUUACUCUGUCUAACAUCAGACAAUUUUACUCUUCAGUGGGAGAGUGCAGACAAUGAGUUAAUCUAAAGCUUACCAAAUGUAUUCAUUGUUGUAAACUUGUCACAGCUUACAGUUAAUAUAUAGCCACCAUUGGAAGACUAUUACCAGGGUGGUUGCUGUGGAAUAUAACAAUAGCAAAACACUAGCUAUCACUGGGACGUUUCCUCAGUGACUGAUUGUUACAGGGAAAUUUGCCUUACAAAAUGGCUUUUAUCCAUGCAAAUAUUUUGCCUGUGAACUUGGCAAGCAAAAUGGAAUGGAAUGCCUCCAUUGGUUAACAAAUCCAAGCCAAAUGUUAUUAAGACAGGUCUUGAUAUUCUGUUGCACCACAUAAACCGUCACUUGGAAAUCUAUUAGAUUCCUAUUAAAUUCCAGUUGUCCUUUCCCUUAUGUCUAGGCACCUCACACCCAUAUAUUAAAAGUUAAAACAGGGCUAUUGAUUUAAUUAAGAAUCAAAGCGUUUGCUAUUUAAUAAAUUUUUGCCACAUCUGAGACACUCAAGUUUGAAAACUUUGUCCAAGGCCAAGGGAUAAAUUGAACAGAGUAUUCCGUAAUAAGAAAACUUUUAUUAACGAUUUUCCUUCCAUACAAGCGUAUUAAAACAAUGUUACAAGACAAGAAGUAUAAAUAGUAUAUUACCACAGUCACAGAUAUGUCAACAGUUGAAUAUAUAUUGACAAUUUUCGCUCGUUCCUUUUCGUGUUAUAGUUUCGACUAAAUCACUGCACUUUCCGCUUAUUAUCACAUAAAAUGUAGUCGACAAUUUGAGUAGAAAUAUGUAUAUAUCAACGAUAAACUUUCACUUAAAACCCUGUCUUGACAUGAAUCGACGGCAACGUGAAUAUUUGACUGCUCUGGAAAAUCACUCGUUGUCUCUAAAUAAUCCCAUUAAAUCGCCGUUUCGGGUGACGAUAACGUUUUCAGCUCCUUAUUCAAAGUUCCCUGUGUAUAUACAAUGUUAAAAAGCAGGAUUAUUCGUUAAUUUUACAGUUUUACUCGUCUUUUAAGCCAUCGUGUUGAAAACAAAAAUUUCUUCACUCCUUGCCGCAAGCCCUUCCUACUCCCCCUAAGUUUGAGUUUGUCGAAAUUUGCAUGCGCGAGCCGGUAUGCGCAGUGCAAAUUUUUGUGUCGAUUUAUGGCAGGCAUCUCACCAAACUUUUUCUCACCACCCGAUUCCUCAGCGAGAUGCCUGCGGAGGAGGCUAUUCAGACGACUUGUUCGUCUAAAAUUUUGUCCGACACGUUUUUACAUCAGAUGAUUUGUCCGACUAAAAGACGAUUUUGAGACGAUUUGUACGUCUAGACGACUUGUCCGUCUUCUAAUGUGAAAACGGCUAUUCAGUUGACCUCCAUCGCAAAUUUUAUAAGCUUCCAUGGCAAGCAUGUGGUCGGUACAAGCUCGUUUGUCAAUCGGUUGAAAUGACCUUACACCUCCCCGCCUGAAGAAUUUCCUGAGGACGGCCCUCACCACCUUCGUUUUGCAUGUAAACUGACGACUAAAAUUUGAGGCCGCUAUAUACAGUACAGCACAGCAUAUCCAAAAUUUAAAACUUUGUACUUUAUGAUCGAUAUUUGCCUGACAAUAAGCCUAUAAAUCACUAAGAUCUACUGAAAAGUAAACCUAGGCAUUGCAAAAAUUCAGGUAAAAUGAACUAGCAAGUUAGCAAUUGUAAAACUAUAGUUAGUAAUAGUUUGAUUUCACAACUGACAAGCGACAAACGCUAUAUCUAUUUUAAUUUAAUUAAAUUAAAAUAGAUUUGAAAAUGUUUUUGUAUUGUCAUAUAUAUAUAUAUAUUGCUGUAAAUCUACAGCAUGUGCAGUGCACACAACUGCAUGUGAUUGGCUGUCUAAUUUUAGCUUGCAAGAACAAAAAAGCAUAUAUAUGCUAGCUGCAUUUCUCCCAACUGGCCAGCCGUCCCUGAUAGGUCUAAUUAACGUAUAUAAAUUUUUCACUCGAUCAUUUCAUCUACAAGACCCAUCGACUACUAUUCAAUCUAGUGAGAUGGUAACAAAAUCUUUAGAUUUACCCAUACCUUAACAUAGGAGUAGUGAGUACCCUAGUAUAUAUACAUGAACUUGUGGUUAGAGCGCUCAGUUGGUUAGAGGGCUCAGUUGGUUAGAGCGCUGCACCGGAAUCGCUGGGCCGCGGGUUUGAUUCCUGCAUGCCAGAAGACGUAUCUACAGGGUGUAUAAAAAAAAACUGAACAGAUUUGAAAUUGCUCUCAAUUUCGCAAAACACCAAUUUGUAUCCGGUUUUUUAUAGAUAUGGCUUCUUCGGGUACUUAGAAUGUAGAAUAAUGAAAAAAAUUUCUUGAACUCAAAUAUUGUGAACCAGGGGGGGUGUCUUUUCCAACAAAAUAAAAAUGGCUUGCGCACAAAAUUUAAAAGCUGUAAUCAUAUUUUGAGUUAAUAGAUGGAAAAUUUGUCGGGUUUUUCAUUACUGUACAAAAUUUCAGACAAUUUGGUUUAGUUUAAGCCGUUUAACUAUUCACGCAAAGUUACAUUUUUCCUAAAAAUCAGCUAUUUGCAUGCUUAAUUAAUGCAUUUCCUAAUUUGCAUAUGUUAGCAAUAUGCAAAUUAAGUAAAUGCAUUAAUUAAGCAUGCGAAAGGCUGAUUUUUUAGAAUAAAAUGAAUAGUUAAACGGCUUAAACUAAACCAAAUUGUCUGAAAUGUUGUACAGUAAUUAAAAACCAAACAAAGUUUCCAUCUAUUAACUCAAAAUAUGAUUAAAGCUUUUAAAUUUGGUGCGCGAGCCAUUUUUAGUUUGUUGGAAAAGACACACCCCCCUGGUUCACCAAAUUUGAGUUUGAGAAUUUUUUUUCAUUAUUCUACAUUAUAAGUAGCCAAAGAAGCUAUAUAAUUAUAUAAAAAACUGGAUACAAAUAGGUGUUUUGCGAAAUUGAGAGCGAUUUCAAAUCUGUUCAAUUUUUUUUUAUACACCCUGUAUAGUUGCAUUUUUCGCAGCUCUGUUUCUGGUUCUGGUAAUAUAUGAAAUUUACACUUGAUAAUUUUCAUCAAAUCCCAUCAACUAUUAUUCAAUCGAAUGAGAUGCCAACAAAAUCUUGGUUCUUAACCAACUAGUUAAAGCAUGCUGGUUUUACCAAGGCAGCUGGUCAUAGUGUCAUACUACAGUAUAUAGUAAACCUAGAACCUUAUCUAAAUAGGAUACAGAUAAUUCAUUUUAAAAUGUUUGAAUAAUGAAAAUCGUUAAAAUUUGCAUGACCUAUUGCGAUGGCUAGCUCGUCACUGGUUUAUUCUGUAUGCGCUAUAUAAAGCCUAUAGUUUCCAUAUUGUCGUUAAUUUAAAUUAUCGUAAAAAUAGAGUCAUGAUCUUUCUCAACGACCUGUUUAUAUAAUAGUUUUUAUUAUAUGGCUUUUCAAAAUUCUCUAUUCUGUUUGGUUGACAAGCGGUCGGUCCGUAAAAACCAAUAUCCGGACCGUGGUCCGUAUUUUCCAUAUCUGGACCGGUGUCCCGGAUGUCGUUUAUCUGGCGAGGAAUUUUUUGCUUUGCAAACAGAAAACAUUUUUGCUUUUUAAUUUUCCAAUUAUGUGUCAUUAAAAUUUACAGAUAAAAAUUUCAAACAACCAAAUUGUUUUUGAUUGAGCAUGCAUGCCUACGGUACAGUAUAUUGUUACCCAGUGAAACUGACGAUAGCCGAUCUAAUUCGUGCGAAAAGCGUAUGCUCACAGACUCAGUUCAGCCAUAUAAUAAACCGAUUAUUGACCUCGCUUGUUCGGUCUGUAAUGUCAAAUAUCAGACCUUUGUUUUUUGCAUGGACCUCGCUCCUUCGUCGCUCGGUCCAUACUAAAAAACCUCGGUCUGAUAUUUCACAGUACAGACCUCACGCUCAGUCAAUAAGCCGUUAAUAUUAUUCUGUAAUAAAACCACAUAUAAAUCAUGAGUAUUCUCUAGUUAUAAUCACUCCGCGUAUUUUCAGUUCUAAAAUGUUGGAAUUCGGCUGAUGAGAAAGAUCGUGACUCAAUCUUUACUACCGUUACGACCAUAUGGAAAGCACGCUUAUAUGAUUUUUUUGUUUCUAUGUUGGUGUUGUGUACUCAGGUGAAUAUGAUGUUUGUGAUGUUAACGGUGUGGAUAUACACUCAGAGUAACAUCACAGACAUCACGCUUAUAUGUUGUUCAUUUUUUUUCUACUGUAGGCAUGGCAGACUGUGUCCUUGUUAACAGCAACUUCACAGCACAGACAUUCUUUAGAACUUUUACCUCCUUAACCAAUACGAAUCCGAGAGUACUGUACCCAUCACUGAAUUUUAAAGCCUAUGAUGCAGAAAUUGACUUGUGCGACAGCAUAGAAGGAAUUCCAUCAAUUGCGAAAGUAGUAUUUUUAUCAAUCAAUCGGUUCGAACGAAAAAAGAAUCUACAGUUGGCGCUUAAAGCUUUGGAAAAUUUGAAAAGUAAAAUCUCAUCAGAAGAAUGGAAAACAACUCACUUGGUUAUGGCAGGUAUACAAUGUCUAAUAUGCUACUUAAGCAUCGGUCAGACGAAGCGAGAGUUUUCUUCAACUCUCGUGCCCCGGUGGCUACACCUCCCUGCAAUAUUUCACCUGCACUAUACGUUUUUAUAACGCUUUUCAUUGGCUGGCCGGUCAAGAAACGUGUCAGUCAUCAGCCUCAACGACCACACCUCCCAAUUUUCGGCAAUCAUUCCAAAAAAUCACAUGAUUAGAAAAUUCGGCGAUGAUUGCUGGAAGCUUAGCGCUGCUGUCACAGAGCAUGAUACACAAGCAAUUUCUUUCGCACGACGGCAGUGCAACGAUUUUACCACACAUUGCAUUGCCGUCGGCAGAAAAAUAUUGGCAGUGUAUACGUAGCUUAAAGGGAUAUGGCAGUAUAAAUUAAGUUUUUCUUAUUUGAAAGAACAUCUAAAAUGAUAUUUUAACUUCCUUUACAAUUGUUCCGUAUCUUCCUUGGUUUUCGAAAUAAAUCGACUUAUUUUGAUCAAAAGCAGCGUGCAUUCCGCCAUCUUUGAUAUGUAUUCGAUAUGCGUGCGUCACAAGAAGAGUAUAAAGCGAAAUUUUUACCUCGGAAACCACAUGUCAUUAUCAAUAUGAAACUCGAUUUUCCGAAGUCUUUUAACUCACAACGUUUUAGGAAACUUUUCGAAGAAAUAUAGUCCCGCAUGAAGAAGUUUUAGCACGUUUACCAUGCUUGUGAACGUGAUAAAAACUCAGUUAAUUAGUUCAAUUAUAAUACCAAGAUGGCGGACUGCACACUGUUUUUGGUCAAAAUAUUUCGAAAACCAAACAUGGUUAGGUACGAAAAAGUUGUAAAUGGUCUUCAUUUAUAACUUUAAAAGUUUAUAACUGUCAAAUAAGACGAUGUUAAUUUUUAUUGCCAUAUCCCUUUAACUCUCUUCAAAACUUGAAGCAGUUCAAAGUUGAUGAGAGUGCACGAGAGUCGAUGAAAGUUGGUCGUCAAAUGACUUCCUGUUAGCUUUUGACUGUCAAUAUGUUACCGAAUAAUGACGGUGGCAGUCCCUAGCUUUCACACCCCACUCCUUCAAGUGUCCAUCACUGCAUGGUCCGUGGUCUGUUGAUAGCGGGUUUCGUCCAUCGUGUACAAUAUUCCAGCUCAAUGUACAGGGUGUCUAAAAAAAAACACUAUGGAAACUCAACAGGCUGUUGUGCAUCACAAACUUAUCUAAACAGUUCAAUUUUUACAUAGGACGAAAGAGCUGUUAUUUAGCUUUUCUAUGAUACCUUUCUUAAACCGUAACAAUGAGAAAUGGCGACACCCUCAUCAAAUAAAAUUUGUCGGUCGAAAUCACAUUCUUCCACCGUUGGGAAUUGAAAAUACAUUAAUUAUGCAGAGUUAAUCAAUCCAAAAGCAACGCGAGCCUUCUGCAAGGGAUUUGUUUCGUAAGACGUUUUGAUUAUGAAUGUUCUCUGUUCAGUGGUUAAUGAACCAUGUUUAAUGCAAUAAUGGACGUUCUUAUGGUCUCACUAAGACAAAGAUUGACGAUUUGAGCUUAUUUUAGAUAAUCUAACAUUCAAUUUUAAUUCCCUCUUGGGAAUUGUUUAUUGUUCGUUUUCCAUGCAACUCCCAACGGUGGAAGAAUGUGAUUUCGACCGGCAAUUUUUAUUUGGCGAGUAUGUGGCCAUUUCUCAUCGUUACGGUUUAAAAAGAGUAUCAUUGAAAUGCUAAAUAACUGCUCUUUCGUCCUAUGUAAAAAUUGAAUUGUUUAGCCACAUGUAUGAAGCACGACAGCCUGUUGAACUUCCGCAGCGUUUUUUUUAGACACCCUGUAUAGCUGCAUGUGCACGUGGUCACGAACUUACCAUUCCUGUUUCGCUUCUUCUUUACAGGCGGUUAUGACGAACGUGUCGCCGAAAACAAAGAGCACUAUCUCGAGUUGCUAGAUUUUGCUAAAGAAAACAAUAUCAGCGACCAUGUGACAUUAAUCAGAUCAUUCAGCGAUCAGGAAAAAUUAACUCUAUUUGCAAGAUCCUCGUGCUUAAUCUACACCCCAACAAACGAACACUUCGGCAUAGUUCCCAUCGAAGCAAUGUAUAUGCGCCGUCCCGUGAUUGCUGUUAACACGGGAGGACCUCUCGAGACUGUCCUGCAUGAAGAGACUGGAUAUUUGUGCGAGCCGAACGAAGAAGCGUUUUCAGACGCGAUGCGAAAUGUUAUAAAAGAAUCGGAUAUAGUUGAGACAUUUGGAAAAAGGGGCCGCCAACACGUGAUUAGUAACUUCUCUUUUGACGCAUUCAGUGAAAAUCUGGAUAAAAUAGUAUGUCGGUUACAUUUCUUCAAUUUUGAUGUAUAUUCUGUUGAUUGAUCAGUGGCAGGGAUUAAUAUACAAACAUUUUUCUAUUAUCGGUGCCCGGUAGUAAAAAUUCAAUAUGUAUUUCGAUAGUUUUCGAAAUUGUGGUAGAUGUGAAUACUUACCUGUAAAAGGAACAACGAGACGUACUUGCACGGUCGUAUACUUCAACACGCCAUUAAAAAAAUGUUUUAAAACUGUUGGAUUUUUGCUCAAAAGUGCUGUCUGAAUUCUGGAAAUGUUAUUUCAUAGAGACAAAAUCCACAAUUGUCCAGGGAGUGAGUUUCUUUUUGUGGUAUAGUGGGAGACCGUUCUCCUCCUAAAGCUCAAUCUUCUUCCGAAAAAAACGGUAGUUGAUUGAAAUGUUUGUAUUUUAUCCAUGUUUAUAUACCUUGUAUGGCAUUGCGAGGACAACUCGUGGCCAUUAGAAGUUAUAAGAGAUUGCAUUGAUAUUAAAAGUGUAGCGCAAAUUAGUAUAAGUUAGCCGUAAGAGAGCGUUAUCUUAAAACUCGAUUUGGAAUUUGCCGUUUACAGUGGUUUGGCGUAAACGUGAAUUUUGAGGUCUCUAUAUUAUUGUUGCGAAUAGCACUAUAGUAUGCUUGUUGCUGUAGUUGUAGCUCUUAAAUACCCAUACAUGAACUGCAUGCCUACGUCAAUCUGAACUUUGAAGUCAGGUCCCGUUUACCUAAGACCGGCACGAAUAUAACAUACUUUUUCUUUCAGUUUAUUCCCCUUGCCCGCCAUUAUCUUUUUUCUACAGUGCUUUGUGACCAUGCAUUGUUCGAAAAUCCAGGGCACAGCCGACACCUGUCUGAAAUGCAUGUGUGUUCACAUCCAUCCCGCCGCGAAUUCAUCCCGGUCUGAAGAUUGUCGGUUCGACCCAGCGAGCGGGAUAACUUAAGACCGGUCUGAGUAAUUUUGUAAACGGGCCCUGCAUGGUCAAACGAGAAUGCGAGUUUAUGACAGUUGAGAAGCGAGAGUUUGCAUGAGAGCUUCUUUGAACACUCGUGCCCUGGUCAAACGAUAACAAGAGUUGCAUGAGAGUUGACCGCGACUAUAUAUAUACUAUUGUGGGGUACAUUGCCUCCAUCUUAUCACCUUUUCUUGCUAGCAAAAAUUGGAAUAUAUAUACUAUACUGUAUAACCAACAAACGAUUUCGUUCAUCAUUGUUGAAAAAGUAUUGAGUUAUUCAUGCAGCUAUAUACCAUUCAAAGCAAGGCCGGAAUUUGGUGGAAUUACUGGGGGAGGGGGAAAACAAUUUAGGGGAGGUGCAGCGGUCUAGCUCAUGGCACCUAUGCCAUGGAAAGUUAGGGCUUAGAACGUGCCAAAGUCAACGACCUGACGUAUGCAUGUAGUGUACAUAUGUAUCCAGGGAAUUCUGACUGUACAACUCAUCCAAUUUUGCCCUUCAUUACAAUUACUACGAAGUUUCUUUUAAAAUAUUGCAUUAAAAGGGUUGAAUGCUUUUACACGAAUGCUUUUACACUCGGCUGAGCAUUGUAUGGUGUACGGCGUGAAAGUGUUUUCCAUUUAUUUUGCAGGUAAAGAAUUUGCAGAAUUAUGAGAGCAGUGUUAUGGUAUCAUCCGUUAUGUGGUCAAUACUAAUAUUAGUUGCUGUUAUUGUCAUUCUAUUUUGGUUGUUUAAAUAGGUUAUAAUACAAUUAUGCGAAGAGUAGCAAUUGCUUUGGAUAUUUUCAGGACCCGCAAAAUCUGUUGGGCAACUAAAACUGUUGAGUCUGAGUUUUGACGCAUCGAGAACACGUUGAAAUAACCUGGUACACGCGUACACUAUUUUUCAAUUUUCCAUCAAUUUUCACAGCUAAUAUAAUUUUAGUCAAUUUAUUCGAUUCUGGUUGGUUAAAACCGUGCCGAUUAAAGAUGGAGGGUUAUAAAUUCUGCAUGUGUCGCUGUUCAUGAGUUGAGGUCAGUGGUUUGGGUUAGAAUCAGGGUAAGCAGGGUUCGUAGCGGUCUUUGAAAUCCUUGAAAGUCUUUAAAUUUGAAUGCAGGUCUUUAAGGUCUUUGAAUUGUGUGAAAAAGCGAAGAAAGUCUUUAAAAGUCUCUAAAUUCUUUAGUGAGUGGUCGAUUAUACGAUUUCCUAGUUAAUAUAUAGAUUGAUUGAAGCAAGCUUUUCGCAAAUAUCGACGAAAAGCCGCAUUUUAGGAUAUGAUUUGACGGGACUAAUUACCGGAUAAAAAUGGUGCUUACACUCGCAAUUUUUCGACAAGUGAUUGCUCUCAAAGGUCUUUGAAAAGUCUUUCAAAAUAGGCAGAAAAAAUCUUUGAAUUUUUUUUUGUCUUGGAGACUACGAACUAUAAGGAUAGGGCUCAGCAUUCAUAAACAGCGAGACAUGAAUCUAUAACACUGAUCUGAAAUAGGACUGGAUAAAGCAUCCUAUUGAAUUCAGUAAUCCGAUUUUGAAGCCAGAAUAUUUUAAUGAGAUUAGAUUUAUAUAAAUCAGUCAAAUUCAUGACCAGUCUAGUCGUUUGCUAUUUAAGUUCAGUUAGACUAUAAAGCAAAUAUCAUCGCCUAUGUGACUUGUGAAAUAUAGCUUCCAAAACAUCUUCGAAAGAGUUUUAGAACGUUUUAUACACCAUCUAAUAACAGAGGCUACUGAUGAUAAAUUCUUAUCUAGGCAAUAUUUGUCCUUUCCCACUAUAGUGACUAGAAACGUAAAGGAAGAGUUAAACAUGUCCACAACACCAGAUGAGAUUAAUGAUGGGUCCAUCCAAUAUGGCCGCCAUUGGCUUCACUUAUAUCCGUGCACAGCAGAUGCUUUGUCCAGUAUUAUUAUUUUAGAUCUCUGAUCUAUAACAUGCAGAUUAGCCGGCACGAAUACGAGCCCGCGUGCAUUUCGCACGAGUGCAGAAAUUUACGAGAAAAUUUAUAUUUUCUGAGCUGUAAUUUUCCAAUGAACUAUUGAACAACAGGUACCAUGGGGCUCCCCCGUUAUAUAGUUAAAAAAGGCCCUGUUAUUGUACAUACAUCACAUACAGACUAACCUUAUACUGCAGCGUGCUAGACUUGGAUCCCGUGCAAUCACGCGGGAAAGUUCGAGGGCCACUUUCUUGCACCUCGCGCUCGAUUUUGUCGCUUCGCGACUCGGUCUCUAGAGAGACGGACUUGAUCCAAGUCUAACUGCGUGCAUGCAUGUUGCAUGUCAAUAAUGCAUACUUUGUAAAAUGGUGAGACAACUGAGAAAUUAAUUUUCAAUACAGCAGAAUGACUUAAUUUUCAAUACAGCCGAAUUUCUUCGCACGAAUAAGCGGAAACAAAUCCGUGGCAAUUUGUUCGCGCGAAAAAGUUGGAUCAGUUCCUACUCUUUUACUGUUCGCGCGAACAAAUUUGCCUAGUGGAAAAUGGGCUGAAGAACUUGUUUUAACGUCGACGAUCCUCCGUCGUACAAAACCGUAUGUCCAAACUCUUUCCGUACGUAGUCUAGCUGUUUUAAUCUCGUGCAGCAUGUCGUAUGUUGUAGUAUACUUGACGUCGUUGUUCCGGAUUCCCUGUCUUGAAUUGUAAAUGUAUUUUAAGGGAAAACUAAUAAAUAGAAUUGUUAUAUAGCUAGGGUGGACACCAAACGUGAUUGGCUGAUUGUGGUCACGUGGCUUUAGAUAAAUGCAAUGUAUCAGCCGUUCCGCAGUUGUAAAGCCAUUGUAUGCAAUAUUGGAUUGUAAUGGGUCUAUAAUAUAAUUACAAUAACCCUAAUCCAAACGCCAACCCUAACCUCUCUAACCCCUUACCCUAAAGUUGAUGACCUUCUUUUAAUAAUGACCCUUUUUUUAAUCUCGAAUCUCAAUGUUUGAGACUCAAACAUUGAGACUCUCGGGGAAACAAAACUCAGUUUUCCCUCGGGAGCGGACAUUAAAGCCCCGUUUACACUACGCUCAGUUUUUG